AUGUCCUGGUUCUGGCUUUAUCUUCCUCUCCAUCUUCUCAUGGCAACUUGUUUGUGCCAUUCUAUAAAAGCACCUACCACCAGUUCCCAACAGAGCUUCAAGACCAAUCUCUUCAAUUUCUACCACUCCCUGAUACUUGCAGAUGGUAAGGAAACUACAAUCCACCUGCUGAAGGAUAUACCCAAAAGGUACUACUUUGCUUUGGAAGAGGGCAGGGUCCUUGCCCCUUUCUCGAUAACAGUGACGCCCUGCGAUGUUCCCAUUGAAUGGAGCAUACUUGUGUACAAGUCUCCACCAGGAAAAGCAACACCAGGUGACCAUGAUACACAAGAGGUCUCCAAAUCUCAGAAGGCUUCAAGCGUAGCAUCCACUAUCUUCAACUACAAGGGAAAUUCUGUGGAGACUUACAUGGGCAUGUCUUCCCAUUCUGCCCUUUACCUGCUUGAGUUCUUAUCCACUGAGCGAGACACACACAUCACCGUGUACUUAACCACUGACACCACGUCUGGGCACCUCUACCCAGAGCUUCCAGCAGAUCCACGCAUAGAUGUGAUUGGCAUCGGCCAUACAACGGUGACUCUGACCUGGAAACACAGCCCUUCUGUCUUGCAGCACAGGGAAAAUAUCCAGUACUGUCUCCUAGUUAAUGAAAAGCACAACUACAAGAGCUUGUGUGCUGCUGAGACAGCCAUCAGAUCCUCUGGAAUGAAGCUGCCACCCACGUUAGCUCUGUCCCUCUCUCCAUACCUUCUUGAGCCACAGCAGGUGAUGAUAUUGUCCAACAGCGAACUGAGCAUCAUCAACAAAGUGAGCAGUGGGGAAGUCAGGCAGGUGUGCAUGGGCACCAAGAACACCUACACAGUGCCCAGUCUCAGCCCCAGCACUCAGUAUUACUUCGAUGUUUUUAUCGUCAAUCUCCUUACAAAUGCCAGCGCCGCAUACACCGGGACAUUUGCCAGGACCCUGGAAGAACCUGAACCCAAGGUGACAGAGCUGAAAGAUGGGAAAGUGAUUCAUGUAGUCCUGGAUGGGAAAAAGCAGAAAUUCUACAGUCUGCAGUACCAGGCGAGGCACAAGAAAAUCCACUUCACCUUUCAGUUGUGUCAGGGCCAAAUACAGGUUCACAUAACAAGAAAUGGCAAAACAGUGGCAUCAGAAAAUCUGUCUGGGAUGAGGUAUUUCUCCGUGAAGGGAAAGCUGCUGGACACCUAUUUGGUGCAGCUGAGGUCCACAGAGGAAUUUAACUCUUCUGUGAAGGUACAGGCAUCCCCCCAUUUCCACAAGCCCUUAUUCCCAGUUCUUCCAGAGAGCUUAAAAAUCAAAUCCUUCAGUAAACUGAGAACGUGCAGGUCUGUCACCAUUGCCUGGCUGGGGACACAAGAGGAGAGCAAGUAUUGUGUGUACAGAAAAAAGAUUGAAGAGGAUCAGAUCUGGAGGGAACUGCAGAGUGCAGACAGGUGCUCUGGGCCUGAAUCUCGGCACAAAUCAGAGAAAGUGCUGUGCAAGUACUUCUAUGACCUAAACCUCCAGCGAGCCGUCACCACAGAGACCAUCAAAGGGCUGGAGGCAGGGACGCUCUACUUGUUUGAUGUUUAUCUCUUUGGGCCAUCUGGCAUCCCUGUCAGAUAUCACAGCAAAGUUGUGAAGACCAGGAAAAAAUGCUGA